AUGUAUUCCUCAAUUGUUAACAAAUCAAUAGAACCUUGUCCUAUAUCAUCAUCAUCAUCUCCUAUUACAACAUCAUUAAUCUCAAAUAAUGAUAGUAUACCUAUCAGUAAUAAUUCUACAUCAUCAUCAUUACAAACAUAUGGAAAAAAAGAAAAUACAUUAACAAAUAUUUCAUAUUCAUCAUACAAUUGUUCAAAUGAUUAUUAUACAAAAAAACGUAUUGAAGAAUUACAUGAACGUAUGGAUGAUAUACAAAUAUCAAGUUUUUUAAAAUUUAUUAAUUAUCAUUUAUCAUUAAAAAAAGAUAAUGAAAAGAAAAUUUUUAUAAAAGAUUUAUCAAAAGAUUUAUGUAAUGGACAUGUUUUAAUUGAUUUAAUUGAAUUAUUUUCAUCAACAAAAUUAAAACGUGAACAUGGUCAUACACGUUUUCAUUCAUUAGCAAAUGUUCAAUAUGUUUUAGAUUAUUUAAAAAUACGUAUGCAACAUAUUGAUAUAACACCAUAUGAUAUUGUAUCAGGAAAUCGUAAACAAAUCUUAGCAUUAUUAUGGAUUAUAAUGAGAAUAUUUGAUUUGCCAGCAUUUCGUAUAGCAAAUAAAAAUUGUUUUGUAGAAAAAACACUUUUAGGUUUUGGACAAGAUCGUAGUACUAUUAUAAAUUGGUUAAAUAAUAUUUUAAAUCAAAGUUUAAAUACAAAAGAAAUUUAUAUUAAAGAUUUUUAUAUCCAUACGUGGGAUGAUAGUUAUUAUUUAUCAUUAAUUAUUAAAUAUUUAAUACCAUUAAGUAUAAAUUAUUUAACAAAUAAAUGUUUUAAUUAUUUAAAAGAAUUAGAUAAAUUAAAUUCUUAUGAUCGACAACGUUUUCUAUUAUGUUUAAAUAUUUCAAAUUAUUGUUUUAAUACAAUAACAAUUAUUGAUUUGACAGAUAAAAGUGAAAAAUGUUUAUUUAAAUAUUUUGCUGAAUUAAAACAAAAUAUUUUAAAUAUUCUCAAAGCAAAUCAUAUCGGAAAAUUAAUUCACAAUAAUCCUUAUGCUAAACAAGUAUUUGAUACAGUUAUUCAAACAGAAACAGAACAUUCUUCACAUGUAAUUAAUAAUAAUGAAGAAUAUUUAAGUUGUAUUGAAGAUGAUCAUCAACAAGUAUCAACAGAAAAACAUAGAAGAUUGCCUAUGGAUUCUAUAGAUGAUAUAACACCGUCAUUAUCAUCAUCAAAUAAUAUUGAUGAAUCAUCAGAUUUACGAACAGUAGAAAGAUCAAGAUCGUUUUAUGAUGAACAACAAGAAGCAAAAUUAAAGCGAAUAAAUUCUUCGGAGAAAAUCGAGGAUUUAGAAAGUAAUUUCCAUAUGAUAAAUACUCAUAAUGAAAUGCCAAAAGAAGAACAGACUGAAAUGAUAACUGAUCAAUCAGAACAGCUUAAUGGCUUAGUUGAAAAUUUACAACACAGUGUAUCAUCAAUUGAACAAAGUGAACAAGAUACAAAUAGCUAUAUAGAUGCUGAGGAAUCAAUAACUCCAAUUGAAGAUUCUGAACAAUUUCUAUCAACAAUUGAACAACCUACAAUUAUUAAUAAUGAAACAAAAGAAAUGACAUUAACACAAAUUGAAAAUCAACUAAAUGAAAAAUUAGAACAAUCUACAGAUGAUUAUGAAGAGUCACAACAAAUUACAACGUCACAAAAAGAAAUUGUACAACCAAUUGAAAAUAAAAAUUCUAUUACUAUAGAUGACAUAUUAGAACAACCAAUUUAUAUAAUUGAAGAAUUAUCACAUCCUAUAGUAUUAAUUGAAAAAUCAAAGCAAAUUACAACAGAAGAACCAAAAACUCAAUCAAUAACUUCAGUCGAAGAAAAUAAACAAUCUACAGAUGAUUAUGAACCAUCAGAGCAGUUUACAAUAUCCCAGGAAGAGAUUGAACAAUCUGUUGAAAAUAAAAAUUCUAUUACUACGGAUGAAACAUUAAAACAACCAAUUCUUAUAAUUGAAGAAUUAUCACACCCUGCAGUAUUAAUUGAAAAAUUAGAGGAAAUUACAAUUGACAAACCACAACAACAAUCUAUAACUUCAAAUGAAGAAGAUACAACACAAAUGACAAAUGAAUAUGAAAAAAUGGAGCAUAAUAAACUUGACGAACCUACAAACCAAUCAAUAAUACCAACAGAGGAGAAUAAACAAUCUACAGAUGAUCAUGAACAGUCACAACAGUUUACAACGUCCCAGGAAGAAAUUGAACAAUCUGUUGAAAACAAAAAUCCUAUUACUACAGAUGAAACAUUAGAACAACCUACGUUUAUAAUUACAGAAGUAUCACAACCUGUAGUAUUGAAUGAAAAUUUAGAACAAAUUACAAUUGAAGAACCACAACAACAAUCUAUGAGUUCAAAUGAAGAAGAUAAACAAAUGACAAAUAAAUAUGAAAGAUUAGAACAAACUUUAGCAUUAAUUAAAGAAAUUGAACAAUCAGUUAAAAAUAAAUCGUCUAUUACGGAAGCUGAUCAAUCAAUAAGCACAAACGAAGAAGAAGAAGACGAACUAUAUUUAAUAUUAAAUGAAAACAUUAAACAAUCUAAUGUUGAAAUCGAGCCAUUAGAGCAAUCCACAAUUGCAAUUGAAGAUAAAACCCACGAACAAUUGAAUACAUCAACUGAAGCAAAUAAUAUAUCGACAAUUGAAUAUGAAAAAUUGGAACAACCAAUUUCAAAUGAAUCUUCUAGUAUUACAAAUCAAAGAUUAGAACAACUCACAACUGAACAACCAUUACAAUCAAUUGUAUCAAAUGACAAUGAAGACAUAAAACAAUUUACUGUUGAACCUGAAAAAUCAAAUCAAUCACCAGUUCAAAUUGAACAAAACGAAGAAUCCAUUGAAAAUCAAAUAAAUAUCGAAUCAACACCAGAUUUAUCAUCAAACAAAGAUUUUCAACAAACAACACCAACAAAACUUGAUAAUUAUCACAUUCCAGUCGAUGAAAAUUCAGAACAACAUACAACUAAACAAUCAUCACAAGAUGAAAUAUCAGAUGAAAAAACAUGUAUUAAAAAUAAUUCAUCGAUCAUAACAAAUAAGAAAUUGGAAAAACCUACAGUUAUCGAAUUACCACAACCUAUUACAUUAAAUGAAGAUAUUAGCAAAUCCACAAUUGAAAAUCAAGAGUUCAUUGCCGAUACCGAAAAUUUAACACAAACAAUAGUACCAUCUCAAGAAAAUCCGCAUUGUCCUACUUCGGAUGAACAAUUAACACAACCUAAAAUUUUAGUUAAUCAACCAGAACAACGUACAGUUCCAGCUGAACAACCACUGUUAACAACAGCAACAAUAGUUAAAGGCCCAAGAUAUUCUGAUGUUGUUAAUAGACAAUUACCAAAGGCAACAAAUGAAUCCGCAAAACCUACAGAUUCAUUUAAAAAACAAGACUAUUCAAUAGAAUCAAAGAAAAAAAUCAUUUCACCUAUAGUAACGAUUGAAACACCUAAACAAUGUAUCAAUACAGCUGAUGAAACCGAACAAGUUCCUUUGAUAAGUACAAUUAAAGAACCGGAACAAUCUGAAGUAUUACUUGAAAAACAAGAACCAUCUACCACUAUCAUUGAAGAUGCACAUGAUACAUCAAUAAUAUCAAAUGGAGAAAAUCAAAUAUCAUCAACAAAAAGUAAUAAAUCGAGACGAUCUAAUGCUAAAAGAAGAAAAUCAAAAAAGUCAUCAGUUACAAUUGAAAAUUCCCCACAAAAUAUCAUUAAUAAUAAUGACGAUGAUGAUGAUAAUGAAGAAAAAAUUGAAACAUCAUUACCUUCUCAAAAUCUAAAAAGUAUUAUUCCAGAACAACAAACAAGUAACAUUGAAUCAGAAAUUGAAAAAUCGUUAACAACACUUAAUAGAUCAUCUCAUGAUAAUACAUCCACAAAUCAUUCAAAUCCUCAAAAUUCAAGUGCCUUACGAUCUCGUAAAAACAAAAAGAAAACAACAACAACAGCAUCAAUCGAAAAAUCUUCAUCUCCUAUUAAUUCAACGACAACGGAUAAUCGAAAUGUAUUUCUUAUUACAAAAGAAUGUCUACAUGAUCGAAAAAUACUUCUAUUCGGUUGUGUUUUUAUUCUUAUGUUGAUUAAAGCUUUUUUAUUUAAUUAUUCAUUUCAACGUAUAACAACCUAUCGAUGGUUAUCAAAAACUCAUCAACCAUCACUUUUUGAACCAAAAUGGGCAUCAAUAUUUGCUAAAGCAACAACUAAUUCAUAUUUACCAUCAUCAUCAACAUCAGUUAAUAAUAAUAAAAAACCAUUUGUCAUGCUUUUUCCACCACCAAAUGUAACUGGAACUGUUCAUUUGGGUCAUGCAUUAACUACAUCUGUUCAUGAUUGUCUUUUAAGAUGGCAUACAAUGCAACAAAAAUCAUAUGCUCGUUGUGUACCAGGUUAUGAUCAUGCUGGCAUUGCUACACAGGUUAUUGUUGAAAAACAUAUAGCACCUCAAACACGUGAACAAUUAGGUAGAGAAAAAUUUCUUGAAGAAUGUUAUCAAUGGUCUUCAAAUUAUCGUCAAACAAUUGAAACUCAAUUAAAACGUUUAUGUCCAUUAUUUGAUUGGUCAAAUGCUUAUUUUACAAUGGAUAAAAAUCUUGUUGAAUAUGUUCGUGAUUCAUUUUUACAUUUAUAUAAUAAUGGUCUUAUUUAUCGUGAUCGACGUAUUGUUAAUUGGUGUUGUCAACUUCGGUCAGUUGUUAGUGAUAUUGAAGUUGAUUCAAAAGAAAUAAAUGGACGAGAAAAAUUUUCUAUUCCGGGAUAUAAAAAAGAUAUUGAAUUAGGUAUACUUUAUAAUAUUGCAUAUAAAAUUAUUGAUGAACAACAAGAUAAAGAAAUUAUUGUUAGUACAACACGGCCAGAAACAAUUUUAGCUGAUACAGGUAUUGCUGUUCAUCCAAAUGAUUCUCGUUACAUAUCAUUAAAAAAUAAAUUUGUUCAAAAUCCAUUUAAUCCUCAAGAUUAUUUACCAAUUAUAUUUGAUGAAAAUGUUGAUCAAAAUUUUGGUACUGGUGCAGUUAAAUUAACACCAGGUCAUGAUACAUUUGAUUAUACAUUAGCAAUGAAACAUAAACUUGAAAUUCGAACUAUGUUAAAUGAUCAAGGUUAUGUACAACUUGAUUUAAAUCAUCCAUAUUAUCAUGAAUUAAAUAAUUUACAUCGUUAUGAUGCACGUGAAAAAGUACUUCAAUUACUUGAAAAUAAAGGAUUAAGAAGAGGAGAAAAGGAACAAGAAAAAAUGGUUGUACCUCUAUGUAGUCGAACAGGUGAUAUUAUUGAACCAAUGGUUAAAGAACAAUGGUUUCUUGAUACAACUGAAAUGUGUCGUCAAGCUUCAUCCAUUGUUGAUAAUAAUAAUCUGAAAUUAACACCAUCAUCUACUUGUAAAGUAUGGAAAUAUUGGCUUGAUAGUCCUCGACCAUGGUGUUUAUCAAGACAACUUUGGUGGGGACAUUCAAUACCUAUGUAUCGAUGUUCAAUAAAUAAUAAAUCAUCUGAAUAUAAAUGGAUUGGUGCAAAAUCACUUGAAGAAGCAAAAAUAAAAGCUAAAGAAUUAUUUCCAAAUAUUCCAUUAAAUUCAAUUCAUAUUGAACAAGAUCAAGACGUACUUGAUACAUGGUUUUCAUCAGGUUUAUUACCAAUGUCAAUAUUUAAUAAAAAUAAUUCACAAGAAUUUCCAACAACAUUACUUGAAACUGGUUAUGAUAUAAUGUUCUUUUGGGUUGCUCGUAUGGUUAUGCUUAGUCUUAAACUAACAAAUCAAUUACCAUUUCAUGAAGUACUUUUUCAUGGAUUAAUUUGUGAUUCAAAUGGAAAAAAAAUGUCAAAAUCAUUAGGUAAUAUAAUUGAUCCAAUGGAUGUUAUUAAUGGUAUAAGUCUUCAAUCAUUACAAAAACGUCUUGAACAAUCACAUUUAUCACGUAAUGAAAUUGAACGAGCUAAACGUGCACAAGCUAUUCAAUAUCCAUCAGGUAUUGAACCAAUUGGAUCUGAUGGUCUUCGUCUUUGUCUUUUAUCUCAUGAUAUAUUUCAUCAAUCAAUACGUUUUGAUCCAACACAAUUCGAUUAUGUUGCACGUUAUUGUAAUAAAUUUUGGAAUGCUUAUAAAUAUGUAAAAGAAUUUGCCUUAGCUGAUAUGAAUUUUCAUCAUGAAAAUAUAUCAAAUAUAAAUUAUGAACAAAUAGAAAAAUUAGUAAAAAAUCGUCUUGUUGAUCGUUGGAUAUUAAAUGAAUUAAAUAAAACAAUAGGAAAAGUAAAUGAUUGUUUAAAUAAUUAUACAUUUCAUCUAGCUAUUGUCCGUCUACGUGAUUCAUUUUUAAAAGAUUUUUGUGAUUUUUAUAUUGAAUUUAGUAAAAUUCCUAUUAAACAACAAUCAAUAGAUAAUAUAAAAUCAAAUGUUCAGAUAUUACUUUAUUAUUUACUUAAACAAUAUCUUAUUCUUUAUCAUCCAUUUUUACCAGCUAUGACAGAAGAAUUAUGGGAAGAUUUAACAAAUGGCAAACAAGGUUAUCUUAUUCAUCAAUUAUAUCCAACCAUGAAAAAUAUUGAAAAUAUUAAUCCCAUUGAUUCUCAAGUAGUACAAAUAAUUCGUUUAAUUUUAAAAAAUGCAACAUAUUUCAAACAAAUGCUUCGUUUAUCACGUGAUUCUGAUAUUAUCAUUCAUUUUUAUAAUCAAGAUAAAGAAGAUUUAUCAAUACAUGUAGAAACUUAUUUAACAGAAAUUCGUACAAUAACUCGAUUAAAUAAUAUUCAUGUUUGUCGUUCAUCAUCGUCAUUGAAUAAUUCUUUUAAUUUAUCAAAAUUUUCAUUUCGUGAUUAUAUAACUGAUAAUAUAGAACUUAUAUUUAAUUUAAAUGAUAAUAAACAAUCAAGAGAACUUGUUGAAAAACAUGAAGAACGAUUAAGUAAACAAGUUGAUAAAUUACAUGAUGAUAUAGGUGUUAAUGAGAUAACGAUGAAAUUUUAUCAAGAAAAUAAUGAUCUUGAAACUCUUGAACGUGAACAACGUCGACGUGAAAGUUUAUCUGACGAUCUUAAAUUAACUCAACAAAGACAUGAAAGAUUUGUUGAAUUAGCUCAAAAACGAACUAUUAUUGAAAAAAAGAAUAAAAAUCAUAGCUGA